AUGCCUCUCCCCAAUGAACCUGUCAAAGUCACCGGUGGCUGCUCUUGCGGCGCCGUCCGUUAUCGUAUUGAUGUCCCUGCAUUGGAAGACCGUCCAUUGAACCCUUUCGCCCCUCCGGCCUUUGGUAUCAAACUUCCCGGUGCUAUAACAUGCCACUGCAACGACUGCCGUAGAUCGACCGGCUCGUUUCUUGCAGUUGGCAUACUUGACGUCCCGGCUCCUAUGCUCACAGUAUCCGCCAUGUCGCCCUCAUCUGAAUCAAAUAUCGUCUCUGGUCGAAUCCUAGAUGUACUUGCAGAUGACUAUGACUCUGCAAAAGCAGACGCGGAUCGUCCCCCAUACAUCCCAGCCAUGAAUAUCCUCCGCGCAACAGGAGAGACCAAAACUUGGUUGCGCUUCUUUCAUUCGUCUAAAUGCAGCCCCGAUGUAUCCCGCAGCUUCUGUGGUCGUUGCGGAACGCAGCUGUGCUUCCACUUCAAACUGGAGCCAGAAUAUUGCGCUGAUGGAAAUUUACCCGAGGGAUGGCGGGACUCUUUCCAUUUGUACCUUGGAACUCUGGAUCGCGAGUUUCUCGAGAAGGAUUGGUUCAACCCUGACAGUGAAGGAAUGUUCAAGUAUGGAACACCUCUCAGUCGAUGUGUUUCUGCGACGGCCAAGGGUUUGAAGGACUUGCCCAAGAUGCAGGAGUUUGAUGGUCAGGUUACUGAAGAAGAGUUGGCAACUUUGAGAUCUCAGUAG